GACUCUUUCCCAGGCUGUAGUGUUGAUGUUUUCAAGCGUUUGUUACUUCUGCAGGUAGGGGAGCGACGGCGGAAGAAUGGUGUGCGAAAAAUGUGAAAAGAAACUUGGUACUGUUAUCACUCCAGAUACAUGGAAGGAUGGAGCUAGGAAUACCACAGAAAGUGGUGGAAGAAAGCUGAAUGAAAAUAAAGCCUUGACUUCGAAAAAAGCAAGAUUUGAUCCAUAUGGAAAGAAUAAGUUCUCCACUUGCAGAAUUUGUAAAAGUUCUGUACACCAACCAGGUUCUCAUUAUUGCCAGGGCUGUGCCUACAAAAAGGGUAUCUGCUCCAUGUGUGGAAAAAAGGUUUUAGAUACUAAAAACUACAAGCAAACAUCUGUCUAGACAUAUUGAUGAAGUUUCUGGCUUUCUAUGUGAUUUUACUUUUCUGCUUUGAAUUUUCAAGGCAUAAUAUAGAUAUUCAACUUACAAAAUAACAUGUUUUUAGACAAAUAAUUAAGUUUAAACCAGAAUGAUUGGUAUUCAUUCUUUUGCUCUCAAGAAGUUCUGAACAGCAGCAAUGUAACUAGUCUUCUGCCUUAAGUGGUUAUUUUCUUUACAAGCAUUUUAUUGAACUAGAAUAAGUGGCAAAUUUAAUGAAAAA